AUGGAUCCUCCUCCUCCUCCUCAGCCACCUCAAUUUUCUCUGAUUCCUCCUUCUCAGAUACCACCACCUCAACAAAACUCUAACCCUAAUAUUCAACCGGAUUCAAUCCCCAAUUGGGACCAAAACCCUAACCUCACCCAUUACCUUGAUUUAUCCGUCCCCAAAAAGAGAAGGCGUGGCAGGUCCCAACGCAAUUCGGCGUUGUUUCGUUCUCCUCUCACUCUCAAUGCCUCUUCUAACAACGAUCUUUCCUCUUACGCCAUCACUUCUUCUUCUUCCUCUGCCGCUGUUGCACCUCCGGUUUCAUUUUCUUCAAUCAGAAACCCACCGCCAUCGUUGACGCAAUCUUCUUCCGCAUACGACUUCUCCGAUGAGAUUAUCAUGAUAAAUAAAGAACCCAAAACGGAGGCAAUGAUCGCACUCAGUGCUGGUUUUCCAGCAGAUUCGCUGUCCGAGGAGGAGAUCGAAACUGGAGUUAUCCCUGUCAUUGGAGGGAUCGAACAGGACAAAACCCCUACCGAACCGAGUAAGCCUGGUGUGAUUAUUAUUGGUGCCGGCCUUGCCGGGUUGGCUGCUGCCAGGCAGUUGAUGCGGUUUGGGUUUAAAGUUACAGUGUUGGAAGGGAGGAAACGGGCUGGUGGACGGGUUUAUACUAAGAAAAUGGAAGUGGGGAGUAGGGUGGGUGCGGUUGCUGAGUUAGGUGGGAGUGUUUUGACAGGUACUUUAGGGAAUCCUCUUGGGAUUGUGGCAAGACAGUUAGGUGACGUGCUUCAUAAGGUGAGAGAUAAGUGUCCCCUUUAUAGUGUGGACGGAAAGCCGGUUAACCCUGAUAUGGACAUGAAGGUUGAAUCUGCUUUUAAUCGUUUGUUAGACAAGGCAAGCAGGCUUAGGCAGUUAAUGGGGGAGGUCUCUGUUGACGUGUCCCUUGGUGCAGCGCUGGAAACAUUCAGGCAAGUGUAUAAGGAUGCUGUGAAUGAUGAGGAGAUGAAGUUGUUCAAUUGGCAUCUUGCAAAUUUAGAGUAUGCAAAUGCAGGUUUAAUAUCACAUCUUUCACUUGCAUUUUGGGACCAAGAUGAUCCAUAUGAUAUGGGAGGAGAUCAUUGUUUUUUGCCUGGAGGAAAUGGAAAGCUGGUUCAAGCCUUGGCCGAGAAUGUGCCAAUUUUUUAUGAGAAAACUGUACAUACAAUUAGGUACGGUAGUGAUGGAGUGCAGGUUAUUGCAGGAAGUCAGGUAUUUGAGGGUGAUAUGGCAUUGUGUACUGUCCCUCUGGGUGUGUUGAAGAAGGGGUCUAUCAAAUUUAUACCAGAGUUGCCUCAGAGGAAACUUGAUGGAAUCAGAAGAUUGGGUUUUGGUCUACUGAAUAAGUUAUGCCACAGUUGCUGGUGGUCCCCUGUUGAUUGCUUUAGUGGCAGGUGA